AUGCUGGAUCAUGAUGACUUCCAGCAUCUGGGCUCUUUCAAGUGGGAAGCUUUCCGUCGACUAGCGGACGUGGCCGGUAUAACUACCCUAGUAGUUAUGCUCAAGGACACGCCUGAGCGGCUACAACGUGUAGCCUUCCAAGACUUCGUCAAUUGCAAACUCGCCGAUUUCCGUCGGCGAGCUUUAGCUCCCGCGGAUGCCACAGGAUCUGAUGCUGUCAAACUCGACAUCUCGUGUUAUAGCGGCGAGGAACCGAAGCGACUCGCGCUUAACCAAUGA